GAACUUUUUCCUCCUACAUAAGUCAUCUAAUUUAGUCGCAAGCGGUAAUGAGUUGUAGAUAAAACUCUCACCUUUGCGGAGUUGUUGAUCUUCCAGUUAAAGCAUCCAGCGGCCGUGCCUAUCUAAGCGCCUUCAAUAUGCAAGAAUACACCGAGAAAUCAUCGCGGGGAAGCCCUUCCCAGUUCAAGCCCGGUCAUGAGAUACCCAUUCAACAUCAAAAAAAGCCAGGCUCGCAGGCCGAUCUCGAACAACCGAAACCAGCGUCCAGCCACAUACCCAAUGAGGAUGGAGGUUACCAGAGCUACAAAGCAGCAGGGAAGUUGAUUGGCAAACGCGCUAUAAUCACCGGCGGCGACUCAGGAAUCGGACGUGCCAUAGCCAUUUUGUUUGCGAUGGAAGGAGCGACAAGUCUGAUAGUCUAUUUACCCGAAGAGGAAAAAGACGCACAAGAAACAAAAACAAGGGUGCAAGAAGCUGGACAAGAAUGUCACUGCAUGGCCACCGAUCUUCGCGAAAGGGAGAACUGCCGCAAGGUGAUCAAUACCGCACUAGAAAAACUAGGUGGCAUAGACAUCCUAGUGAACAACGCCGGGACACAGAAUAUGAUCGAGGACCUCAAGGAUUUAGAAGAGAGCCAGUGGGUAAAGACAUUUGAUACCAACAUCCAUCCUUUCUACUACCUUAGCAAAUACGCUCUCCCCUACUUGAAGCGCGGCUCAACCAUAAUCAAUUGCGCAUCUGUCAAUGCUUACAUCGGCCGGCCUGAUCUGCUCGACUAUACAUCGACAAAGGGAGCCAUUGUUGCCUUCACGCGAGGUCUAUCUAAUCAGCAACUCAAGAAUGGCAUUCGUGUUAAUUGCGUUUGUCCAGGGCCAGUUUGGACCCCGCUUAUCCCUGCCACCAUGACGACCACUGCGAUGGAGCAAUUCAGCUCCGUACCGAUGGGUCGCCCAGGGCAGCCCAGUGAAAUAGCUACUUGUUUUGUUUUCCUCGCAAGUGCGGAUAGUAGCUAUAUUUCGGGACAGUGCUUGCAUCCUAAUGGGGGCGUGGUUGUGAACGGCUGACUCAUAUAUCGAUGGGAGAGCAAGCACCUAGCAAAGCACACACAACAUAAAUCAGAUUUUGCAUGAGUGCCAUAUAACCAAGAAAGAGUAAAUAGACUGUUAU